AUGGCACGACCCUCUUCAGCCGAGCAACCUAUGCAGACUUCCAAAGGAGAAUCUAUACCCCGCCAUGAUGCAGAUCGACCUAGAAACCCUGCAGCCUCUCGGUCUCCCCUGGCAACUCCAGAUGUCGACGGCAAUCCGCGAAGCCCCAAGCGGCGACGACUUUCCACAGAUGAAGAGCAGCAGAUAAUCAAAAAUGAGGUCGAUCGGGGUGUUCCUGGAGGAUCUCCUGUGUCUGCAAAAUCUACAACCACACGGGGGGUUCAAGAUGGAGAACCUGACACAAACCUUCCGCAGCCACGACUUCCUUCCUCGGAUGGGGCUCAGGAGACCGUCAAGUCUGUCGUCAAGAUAGAAGGCUCUGAGAUGCAGGCUGGAACUUUAAAACCCGCGACAACAACCGGUGUCCAAAAUGGAAACAACGCGACAAGACCUCCACAGCAACAGUCUCCUGCAGCAAAUACCCGCCUGGAUAACUUGCCCGUCCUCGACAAGCAGUCGUCACAACUCCUGACCUUUUUGUCUCGGCUGACGCCGGCCGAAGCAAUGGGUCUCUCGAGCACGCCGAGUGCCCCAAGCACCAAAGAAUAUGCUGCGUUGCGCGCUUCAUUUGAUCGGACCCGGAGGCUCCUCAGUCCCGGAUGGCCAUUCCUGUCGCCACAUGAACUGGCACUGCGUGAGAGUCAUCACAUCGAGAUCAUCCGCAAGGCUAAUCAGGCAAUCUUCAUGUCCAGCAUUUUCACAGGGGAGAUAGGUCUUCGGGACAUGGACCGUAGCUUUCUUGCAGUGUUCGUGCCCGAAAAUGGAAAAUUGUUGAAAGCGCAGGCUUCUAUGUACCUCGAAUUGAAGACCCAGGGCUUCAUUACAGCCUGGAGAACAGGCGCUGCUCCGCCCAACGUUGUUAUGGCCGACCUCUUCGGACCUGACCUGGACAAGGCUCUAUUGGCAAGAAGGCCCGGGACCACCGGUCUGGCUCCCACAGAGCAGGAGUUCCUCAUCAGGCUUUCAUCCCGUCGCGAAAUUCUGCAAAACCACGUUAAGAACAACACUCUCGAUCAGCUCCCUUUGAAGUACAAAUGGGAGGAUUUUAGCCGAGAAGUGUCCUCCUACCUAAUCAAGCACAUCGAAAACUCAUCCAAUCCUGGUGAUGGUCUAUCCAACGAAGCCACCGACCCAACAAGGAGCCUCCAUCGGGGUCAGAUGGAAGGGCAAUUCUCCAUCCACGGCCCGCCCCUACCAGUUUCAUCGGCCGACUCCAUUCUUUCGUCGAGAUCUCCGGCCAGGCUUGCUACCGAGCUGCCAGAUGAGGGCGACUUUGUUGCGCAAGCGGCGAGGGCUGCAGAGAUUGCACUUCGAAGUACCUUGGGCUUAUCAUAUUCGGACAAGAUCCCCGAGGGACCCCCGUCGACAACUCCAACAGUACAACACAACACAUCCACCACCCGUCCACAGGCACAACCUUCCGAAACCCGCGACCCAAACUUGGAUACCACCUCAUCUAAAUCACCUGCAAUCGACCAAAAGCCGUCUUCCGAGGAAAUCCCUCAUGCGUCUCAGACUGCUCCCACGUCAGUCCUCUACGAACGAGCCCGGCUGGCCGCCACAAAGGUCUCAUUUGCUUUUGAGAGGAAGUCGCUGGGCCCAAGUCCGAGGCGUGCGUGGACUACGGAGGAAGAGAAUGCUCUCAUGACUGGACUGGACCAAGUCAAAGGGCCUCAUUGGAGUCAAAUUCUAGCCAUGUAUGGGCCUGGAGGCACGAUUAGCGAAGCCCUGAAAGACCGAAAUCAGGUGCAGCUCAAGGACAAGGCGCGGAAUCUGAAGUUGUUCUUCCUGAAAGCCGGCAUCGAGGUACCCUAUUAUCUCAAAUACGUGACGGGUGAAUUGAAGACGCGUGCCCCAAACCAAGCCCUGCGGCAAGAAGCCAAGGAGCGGGACAAGCUUCUGGUAGAAGGGGAUGACGCUGGGUUAGAUGAGUUGACAGCCGAAAUUGAGGGCGAGGAACAGCUUGGGGAGGACGUAUUUGACUCUAUGUUCAGUCAGGAGUCAUCUCUCACCAACGAAGCCGAGCAAAGCACCCCCGCAGACGAAUCCAAGAAGCCUUUUGAACCAAGCAUGGCGGAUGUCGAGGCUAUCAUAGCCAAAGCAAGUGCACAGACGUCGCAGUCCAUUGGGUCGAGAUAG